AUGGCGAUUCUGCGGGGAAGGAGGGCAGGGACCAUGGGGCUGGGGGGUCUCCUCAUCCCCCUCCUUGUUGUCAGGGUGGCCCAGUCCCAGCUGAUUGUGUCCGUGGGGCCCUCUCCAGUGAGGGCCAUGCUGGGAUCAGACGUGCUGCUGCCGUGUAGCUUCACUGUGGGCGAAACCAUCAGUCUGCCUAAAUUCUACCUGGCCUGGGCCCGGGGAGCUGAGAAGGUGGCCGAGUACCUCAGAGAAAAGCCGACUCAGCAGCCCAAGGUGAAGCUUUUCCUGGAGGAGCUGAGCAAGGGGAACUGCUCCCUGGGGCUGAGGAUCGUGAGAGUGGAGGAUGAAGGCAGAUACACCAGCACCCUCAUCUACACGCCCGACAGAUCUGAGCAGCACCUGGAGCUGCAGGUGACAGCUGCUCCCCGACUUUCCAUCCCCCAGCAAUUGGCCGGGACAGGCACAGAGACCUCCUUCCCCUGCCAUGUGUGGGGAUUCUACCCCCAGGACAUCACCGUCACGUGGCUGAGAGACAGGCGGGUUCUGACCGACGCCACCCGCUCUGCCCCCCAGAGGAACCCGGACGGGACCUUUAACCUCACCCUGACCUACACCUUCACCCCCACGGCGAGCGAUUCCGGUAGCAUCUUCUCCUGCCGCGUCACCCACGCGGCUCUGGCCCAGCCCCUGCAGGAGGAGUUCGCCCUGGAUGUCACAGGUGCAGACACAGCUCCUUCAAAGGCCAUCACCGGGGUCUGCAUCGCACUGCUGCUAGUCAUGGUGGCUGGGUUAGUCAUUUACUACAGGAGACGGCGGAGGGCGUGGAAAGGUCCUUCCAGUGCAGUGGAGACGCCCUCCAAGGCCCCAGCUAGGAGCAGAGAGAAGAUGUGCAGCGAGGACACGGUGCUGAUGGGGAAUGAUGGGGUCAGCGACAGCGGGGAGGGGUCUGAGCAGCAGCCGCUGUUACCUGCUCAGGGCCAGGAGCAGAGCGAGACACAGCAGCAGGACGGGGUGCAGGGCACAGCAGGUUCCAAUUCUGGAUCAAAAGCAUCUGACGUAAGCGCAAGGGCAUCAUCCUGGAACAUGCAGAGGGGCCCAGAGGCAGAGAGGCCAUCCCUGAACACAGAGCCAUCGGGGGAUAUCAGAGCCCUAGAUGAGGAGCGAGUGGGGGCAGCCUCCCCACAGGCACAGCCGGAGGCAGAGGUGGCAUUCCCAGCCCAGCCCCAAAUGGCUGUGGAGGAGGGAGAGACGGAUCUGAGCCAGCAAAGUCAGGAGGUGAUGCUGCCCAUGAGCCAGCCUGGCAAGAAGUGUCAGGCCGGGCGGGGCCGGCGGCGCAGGAAGACGGAGGAGUUCAGGCGGGCGGCCGACGGCCAGAAAGGAGAGGCGCCGGGAGAAGCGUGGUCUUGGGCGGACCGACGGCGGGGGUCAGGCGGUGGCCGAUCGGCCAGAAGACGGAGGGUCAGCGUGGCGACCGGCCAGCAAGACGGGAGGCAGGGGCGGCCAGCGGCCGAAAGACCGGCGAAGUCCUGGGGGCGACCGACGUGCGAGGUUGGGGGCGACCGGGGCCAGAGACGGCGAGGGUCAGGGGCGCGCGAGGGCCAGAAAACGGCUAAGGUCGCGGGCGACUGA